AUUAUAUAAAGUUUAUACUAUUAAACCCAUUGCCCUUUAUACCCUCUCUCUCUCCUCUUUCCCUCUCAAGAAUUCAUAGUCAGAUCAAAGAGGUAAAAUUGUAAAUUUUCUCUAAGUUUCAAUAUAUUCCUAAUCUUUUCUUGGAAAUUUACUUUUUACCUGUUUCAGCUUUGUGGGUAUGUUAAAGAUUUGAUUUUGACAAGAUUUUGUUAAGCCCCAAGUUUGGUUCUUUGUAUAUAUACUGUUAUUGAGCUAAGUUGUUGCUCAAUUUUUCAUAUGGGUAUUAUAUUAUGGUUUCAAGAUUCAAUUUUUAUAGUGUUUUAGGAUUGGGGUUUGCUAGAUUGAGUUGAUUUAGUAGUUGUUAUGUUGGAUUAGUAUAAAUUGGGGGAGAUAAAUGUUUUUUGGUUUAGUUGGGAGUUUCAAGAAUGUGUUUUUAGGACUAAAAAUGGAUUAAAGGCUGAUUUCUGGUUGUAAAGUUGAUUUUUUUUAGUUUAGUAUGUUGGGAUUUUCAAGAAUGUCUUUUUAGGAUGAAAAGAGGUUUUAAGUGCUGAUUUUUGGUUGUGAAGUUGGAAUUUUUCAGUUCUGAGAACUUCAAGUUGUUGUUUAGUAGUGUUUUGGGAGUUUCAAGAAUGUAUUUUUAGGACAGAAAAGGAUAAGGGCUGAUUUUUAGUUGUAAAGUUGGGUUUUUUUCGAAGUUUAGUAUUUUACGAGUUUCAAGAAUGUGUUUUUAGGACAGAAAAAGGAUUUAAGGGCUGAUUUUUGGUUGUAAGAAGUUGGGAUUUUUCAGUUCUGAGAAGUUACAAAUUGAUUUUGGAAAAUGAAUAGUUCUGGUAUGGGUGGUGGUUUUUUAUCAGGGUAUAAUGGUGGAUUUUUGGGGAUGAAUAUGUUGCAACAGCCUCAGUCAAAUAGUAAUAAUGCAGCUCAUGGUCAUCAGAUUAACCACAAUAUCGUUCAAUCAUCAGCGAAUCCAAAGUUGAAUCCAAAGUUGGGGCUUGAACAUGAUAAAGCGAUUGGUUUGAUGGAUGGUAAGGGUUGUAUGGCAUUUGGGAAGGAUAAAGCAGUUGGGCCAAGUAAUGUUAGUAAUAAUCCCAAUAGCAAUACCAGCGACGAGGAUGAGCCUAGCUUUACGGAGGAUGGAAAUGGUGAUAAUAACGAUGGGGCCCAGGGUAAAAAAGGUUCUCCGUGGCAGCGAAUGAAAUGGACUGAUAAUGUCGUUAGGCUUCUUAUACAAGUAGUUGCAUGUGUUGGAGAUGACGGUAGUUUGGAGGGUCAGGGUCCUGAAGCGGGGUUGAAGAGAAAAUCCGGGUGCAUUCAAAAAAAGGGUAAAUGGAAAACAGUCUCGCGAAUAAUGAUGAGUAACGGUUGUCACGUCUCGCCUCAGCAGUGCGAAGAUAAGUUCAACGAUUUGAACAAGAGGUACAAGAAAUUGAAUGAUAUUCUCGGUAGGGGUACUUCUUGUGCUGUGGUGGAAAAUCCGUCUCUAAUGGAUUCCAUGCCGCAGCUUUCUGCUAAGGCCAAGGACACGGUGAAAAAGAUACUUAACUCUAAACAUUUGUUUUAUAGAGAGAUGUGUGCUUACCAUAAUGGACAAAAGAUACCUGAUUGCAAUAAUAUUGAAUUUCCGGUUCACUCUUCUUCACCUGUUGCGGCGGCACAGUGUGCAAAAGAGCAGUAUGGGUCCCACGGAGAUGAAGCUGAAGAACAUAACGAAAGUGAUGAUGAUGAUGAUGAAUCGGAUGAUGAAGAAGAUAACCACGAUGAUGAGAGAACGGGACGAGUUGAAGAAAAUUGCUCACAAAUUAGUGGGCAUGAUAAUCUUUUGGCUGAAAUUAAUGAAUUUUUUCAAGACCCGACAAAAUCCAAGUGGGAACAAAAAAUGUGGAUUAAGAAACGGAUGCUACAACUAGAAGAGGAAAAGAUUGGAAUCCAAGCUGAAGCGUUUGAGUUGGAGAAACGUCAGUUUAAGUGGCAAAGGUUUUGCAGCAAGAAAGACAGGGAGCUUGAAAUAGAAAGGCUGGAGAACGAGAAAUUAAUGUUGGAGAAUGAGCAUAUGGCAUUGCAACUGAAGCAUAAGGAGCAUGAAAUACACAGUACGAAGCCCGAUAUUUCUUUCAAUUCUGCACCUCUCAGCUUAGAUAGACAUCGGGGAAGAGAUCAGAUCGAUGCAGCUAGGUAUCAUUAACUAUUAAGUAGUACAUUGGAAUCUCCAAGUUUUUGUUUUUUGGGAACCUGUAUGUCAUCGCCCCCUUCUUUUGUAAAAUAUUUUACAGCUCAACAUGCAGUAAACUUGUUAAUCACUUCUUUUAAGUUCUCCUAGUAUUUUUCUCUAAAAUUAACUGCAUCAGCUUUGUUAUGGAAGUCGUGGUUGGUUUUA